CGCCUGUCUCAUGCGAGCAGCGGUUACAGGGGGGCUCCGCGCCCCGCCGGGGGCUCUGCUGGCAGCCGGUUACUUCGUGCAAGUGCUGCUGCUGCUCGCGGCCCGGGCCUCCCCAGCAGCGGACCCCCCUCGCCUCGGCCAGCAUCCGUCCCGUUGCAAAGACAAAGCUGGGAGCCGCCCGGUGCACGGAGACCCCCCUCCUCUGGGGGCCGGGCACGAGGUCUUGGGGCCCCUUGCCGCUGGCUCGCGGUUUUCUGCCCCCGAGGAGUCACCCCGCGGCCGGGCUCCCCGCUUCCCGAGCGGGGGAUGGUGCAGCCAGACGGCAGCCCAGGUUGUUACAGAUAAGCAACGGAUUCAAAGAAAGAGAGACUGCUUCGGUAUGACAGCUGUAGAAUUACCAGAAACAGGAUUAACGGGAGCAAAUGAAGGCCAUGAUCUGCUUUUGACUUCCGCAGCACCAGAUGUUCAUGGGAUCCAUUCACUGUUUACCUUGAUCCCCUCAUGGACAAAGAAGAUUUUGUUCAAACGAGAGUCUACCAUUAACCAGCAGCUGCCAGAAGAUGUGCCAAGAAUUUCAGUGUCUUCUGGGUAUGGGAUAACUCUUCAGAAAUGUGCAGUGGUGGCUACUCAACAUGAUCUCCAAACUGCGUAUGUAAGGCUUCUGAUAAAUAAUACCAACACACCAUCUGCAUCCAAUGUCACAGAUCUCAUUCUGCUGGACAAUAUUACUGGUCUCCAUGUUCAAGGAACCAGUGGUAAUAAGGCUACAGAUGAGUUCCAGAUAUAUAAGAGAGGAUUCCUGCAAGUUGGAGACUACUACUCAAUCAACUACAUUGCAUUUCUUGAUGCAAAAGAAACCUGGGAUGGCAGAGUCUUGACACUGCCCGCUAAAUUGACCUUCAACAGUUCAUCACUGAACAAAACACAGCAUAGUUUGACUGCAUCAUUCACCAUAACAGGAGAGGAAAAGACUAAGAUUUUGUACAGCCAUGGCAUCCAUGCUUCAGGAUUCUUCGUUGCUUUUGUUAUUUCUUUUGUAUUAACAUGUGUUGCAUUUUUUGCUGUUUACCAAACUAGAAGAUUAAAAUGGAGUUUCCUUAAUAAAAAGCAGGAGAUACGAUAUGAUCUUACUUUAGAUCACAAACUGGAGUAUUCACAGUUUAAUUCAGGAGAUCCCUUUAAUGAAGAUAUCAUUAUGAAUGACCAAAUCAUUGAGAUACUGGCCUUUGAAGACUCCAAGAACAUGCUUCAAGCUUUAGAAGAUUUGGGAAUCGCAAAAUCUGCUCGUGUCAGAUGCUGAUCGAAGCAAUAUGAUUGCAGAUUGUGCCAAGUAGUGAUUGCCAUGUUGGAUGAGGAACAAUGGUUUUCAGAACACCAUCCUCUCCUAUUGGAGAAAAGAAUGGGUCAUAUUUCUCAAAAAAGCUAAUUUUUUUGCAAUGAGAAUAAGUCAAGAGAUACGAGAAAUGUUGCUUUAACCGCCUGAUGCUAUCUAGAGACUAGAAGCAAAUGGAAGCUACAUCCAAACGAGAGGAGCGCCAAUGAUGAGGUGAAGAAUUAAAUCAAGCGACUGAAUGAGAAGAAAUCAGGUUCUGCUAUAGAAUACAGAUCUCUUCUGGAAAAAAUUCACAAACUUGAGCAGAACCACAUGAAGAGGUUCCUUUUGGUGAGGCAGGAGGAGUACUUCGCAAAGGCUUAUCGACAGCUGGCUAUUUUCCAGAGAACAGAGCUCCAUAAUGUCUUUUUUAUACAGAUAAAAAAUGCCAUUUUCAAGGGAGAAUUGAAGUUAGAAGCAGCCAAAGCAUUAGUGCAGGAUUACUCUAAAAUACAGGAGGACAUUGAAGAGCUAAUGGAUUUUUUGCAGGCUAAUAAGAAGUAUCAUCUGAGUAAAAGAUUUGCUUACAGAGAAUACCUAAUAAAUAAUAUUCGUUUGUGGGAUUCCCAAGCCUCUUCUCUCUUGAACACAGGAGCAAGCCAGAUAACAAGUCUCAUUAACAAGACAGAAAGAGCUGGUCAUUUGUCUGAAAAUCAUUUGGGAACACUUCUAGACCAAGCUCAGACAGAAGUUUAUUCUGUUAAACAGAAGUUGGAUCAUAAUUUAAAACAGGAAAAGCAAAGGCUUCACCAGAAACUCGUUACUAAGAGAAGACGAGAAAUGUUGCAAAAGCAGAAAGAACAAAGAAAGGAGCAGAUGUCGAUAGGAGACACUUUCAAAACCACUAAAGAGGUUAGCCACUACUUGAGCCACUGGCAAAAGCUUCUGACUGAUCAAGCUGUUGAAUUUGAAGAGCUUAUUGAAAAGCUUGAUAAUGAUGCCAGUGAAGAAAUAAAAGUGCUUAGAUUUACUUUGACAGAGAAAGCUAUUGAUGAACUUAAACGUGUUCAGCAUGGAGUAAUCACUCAAGAACUGUUAAAACUGAAUGUGCCAAAGCCAUUCCUGCAACAAAUUGUUGAGGAGCAUAAAAAGGAAAUUGCUAUUCAGACUGAACAGCUUGAAAAAGAAGAACAUGACAAAAAUAUGGCCACAGGAGAAUGGCUUGAGAAUACCAGGCAAAAACUGAGCCAAGAGCUGGAACACAGCACUGCAGAACAAAAAAAAUUAAGGAGUUGGGAACAGCUAAUGUUCAAGAAAUUUUUAAGUUUGCCCCUUUCAUUAUCUGAAGAGGAACUGCUGAGAAUGAGGCAAGAGUUCCAUUGCUGCUAUUCUCAGAUGGACAAUAACUUAGCUUUGCCCAAGAUUCGGAAAAGAGCUUUGCUUCAGGCGUAUCAGUUGGCGUGGAGGGAAGCGGAGCUGCUGAAAGUGGAUCAGAACUCAGCACUAUCCGACAAACAGCCACAGCCCAAGAUCAAAAAACAACGAUCCAAGAAUAGAAGUAAGAUAGAUGUUCUGAAAAGAUCUUUGGAGGAUAAAAUUCGCAUCUAUGACGAACCGAUUACAGAUGAAAAUUUAAGCAAGGUCCAUAAUGAGUUGCUGCUUGAAAAGGAGAAUCAGUUGCAUUCUCGGGAGAAUAAACUUGGAGAGUUGAUUGCGGCUUUACAGUUCCAAAAGACUGAUAAGAAGUCCAAAACAUUGGAGAUUUACACCGCUAUCAUAAGUGUACAAGCUUUGCUUCUGGAAGAAUUGAGCACAUCAAAAAUAUUAUCAGAAUCAGAGUGUACCCAAAUUUUAGAGGCACAUAAUCCUGAGAUUGAAGAACUUGACAGAAAGUUGGAAUAUGAAAUGUUACAUAAGGAGAUGGCUCAGCAGCAGCACCUAUUGAAUAGGCAGAGAUGGACUCCAGAUGCAUUAAGACUUUCAGAUGAAGUUGUGGAAAUUAAUGCAGAGAGACAGGUGUCUGCUCUGCUGUGUCAGGCACUGAAUAAGUGUAAGCAAUUAGUAAAUCUGCAUCGGCAAAGCUUACAAGAAGAGCAAUGGAAUGAUGUGGUGCUUGAAGAUCUUCUGGAGAAUAUAGAAAUGGAUACGUUUUUGGCACUUUACAGCCAGGAGCUCCGAUUGGCAGCUUAUUUAACCAAACUGACAAUGGUACCAGUGAGGAUGUUGCACAAACUGCUGAACUUACUGCUGCCUUCGAGUUCACAGACUGAGCUUCUUUCUGUUCUGGAUUCAAUCAGUGACAGAUAUUCAGACAGUAUUAUUGAAAGUGACAUAAAUGUGGAGGAAGCUGACCGCUGUAGAAAGAGGAAGCACCAAGGGUCAUGGCAAGCAUUAGAGAGCAAAGUAAGGCAGGAUCUGAUAAGCAAAGGCUUGGAGAAGAUGCAUUCUGCAAACAGGAGUAAAGAAAGCCUGCUAAAGAAGAAGCAACUUGCACUCAUGGAAAGAACAUCAUUCUCACCUCUCGGAUGUUUGUCUAGACACCCUCCUGUGGAACCUUUUGUCCAGCCUGAUUCAUUGAACACUGCUGCUGCAGAAGCCAUUGAGCUAUUAGACACAGGGGAGAAGAUAUUUCUGUUCCGUGAUGAAAGGGAUCCCGUACUUGCUUUGCAUAGUUCUCCAAGAAAAAAGAAAAAGAACUUCCUAAAUUCCAAGAAGGCUGCAUUGGCAAACACGGGCUAAUGAGAGAGAGAGCCAUUCAGUGCAUCAAUUAGUGAGAGGAAGUUUAUUUCCAAAUAAGGAUCAUGAAAAAGGAGAAAAUCAUCUGAGUCACUGUUAAAAAACAAUUUUUGUAGAAGUUGCAAUAGUUUGAUUUUUACAUUGUAAAUAGUUUUUAUUCUUACAACUGGAUUUUGCGCUGUUCAUCCGACAGUGCACAAUCUAUAUCUAUUAACUACACUGGACCCUCGCUAGAAUGCAGGAUAUGGGAGCCAUGCAUGGUAUUGUGUUAAUGUGGGGACCGCAUUAAAAUGAAUUGCAAUUAAAAUAAUUAAAUUUGGGAUCCAUUGCCACGACCGUGUUGUAUGCGAAUUCAUGCUAUAUAGACGCGCGUUCUAGCAAGGGUCUCAUGUAUUGUUUUUAGUGCACACAAGAGCAAUAGGUGAAUUUGUGUCAUACUCUGUGAUACACAUUACACAACUAAGGGCAGGAUAUAGUCCUCAUACAAUUCAUUGUACCAGGUUUGUACUCUCAGUGUUGGUGCAGUGUGCCUAGCCAUUUGAUAGCAUUGUCUUCAGCCAAGUGAAGAGCUGGUAUCACGCCGUCAGCGGGCACUUGUUAAGGAUAUGCAACAUAGUCUGAAGUUGACCGCAUCUAUAUCGUGAGCCAUUAGUGAAACCCCAUUUGAAGAGAUUGGUCACACAAUUGCCCUGUCCUGUUUGAAACCGGUUGGCAGGUCAGAUGGUUGGGUUGGUGAUGAGAGAGUGAUUAAUGACUAUCAUUGCUGACCACUCAUUACGCCAAGCAGAUUCCACCAUCAUGUCCUGUGGUGGUAUAAGUGACCCUAAUGAGUAUCUGAAGCCAAGUGAAGUAAGCAGGUGGUUGAAGAGGUCUGAGUACAGAGGCAAGUCACAUUUCUCACGGAUGUUGGCCUGGAGCAUGAUGGAGACUCCCUCGUGGCAAAUAUGGGGCAGAGCUAUGUUACUAAGUAUUGGCAGCCAUGGCAACGGAGUUGCACAUAACAUCCUGCUAACUGAGCGUAGCUUUGUUAAGCUCUACAUUGACCAGCCUCGUGUAAGAUGAGCGACAGCAGACAGGAGCACAGUACUCUGCUGUUGAAUACUGAUUUGACUGUUUGCUAUAUUUUUAUUAUUGUUUAUAUGUCAUGGUAAAUUAUGUGAAAUCAACCCCUGAUUAAUUAUUGCAGGAUACAGUACUAAAUACAGAUAAGGAUGAGGAAAAACUGUAUACCAAAUAAGUGUGGUAAUUAUUAAUAAAUAGUUAGUUAAUAACCACUAUAAAUUGGGUUUUAUUUUUGCAAACUGCUUCCUAAAGUUACAGCUAGUGGACUAGAUCUUCCAAACACUUAUGCAUGUGCUUAAUUUUGCUCAUCAGAGUAGUUACAUUGGCUUCAGUUUCUCACCAGCUUCCCCAAACUUGAUGGUGAGUUUGGCUCAGGUAUAAGUGUUCGUGGAAUCUGACCCAAUCUUUGUACUAGUGGAGCAACAAUAUCGUAUCUGCUCACAGACAAAGGGGGAAAAUGGGAAAUAUGUUAUUUCACUAAGGCAUUAGUGAUCACAGUGUUACCAACUAUAAUGGUGUCGACCUCUCAUGAGUGCCCCCUUUCUCUAGCCAAUGUACUUGUAAUCACAGUUCUUUUUCAUGGUGUGGCACCCACCUCUUGUGAGGGCCCCCUUUGGUUAGUUGGGUGUGAGCCUGCUUUUGGUUUUUGGUCUUACAUCAGGGUGGCACCUGCCUCUAGCAAGCACCCUGCCCCCCCCCCCAGCUGAUGGUCUUUCGGCCGAGCCUCUCACACUGUGCCCCCUUUUGGGAUAUACCAUCUCAAGUUCUUAUCACAGCCCUGGUAUGGGGCCAUAGCCUUUAGGCUUCCUCUCAGAGGCACUGCCUUCUUUUACUGCCAGACGGGGUCCAUCUCAGUACCCUCGGCUAGUGUCCUUUCAGCAGCCCACCCAGGUCUCAAUCUGCAACUAGACCAGCAGGGCCCAUUUCAGUACCCUCGUUUGGACUGGCCAGGUUCUGUGCUCAGUCCCCCGGGCUCAGCCUGCCCACACUGACGUUUUCAUGAUCCUGCUGCUGUUGUAUUCAGCUAGCCAGGCACCUGGUCUUUGGCAGCCUUCCCUGGGCUCUGUUCUGUCUGGUGAGCUCUCUGCAGUGAGCUGUGCACGGUUAAUCUGGCCAGUCAGGUACCCAGUCAUCCCUCUUUGAGUUCCACACAGCAACUGAAGGCUCUGCUCUUCUGCUUGCCUUUUAUCUGGCCCUUCUGGCCCCUAACUGGUUGUUCCAGCAGCCCCUCUGAUUGGCUGCUCCUGUGCUUCCACUCUAGGCUUCCUGGAGGAUUUCUUGCUGCACUAUUUUGGAGCAGGUUGAUGCAGGGCUGCAAGGCCUCCAGCCAGAGGGCCUCUGGACCUAGUCCACCCUGCCACACCAACUCUCAUAACUGUAGGUGUUUUCUGAAAGCUCUAGCUCCUGAAUUCAAGUGAAUCAUAAGAAUCUGUUCAUUAUUUAAAAAAUAAGUUUUUAGCCCUCAUAACUGGGAAGGCAGGGGUCUUGAAAACAUGAACCCUAGAGGCACUGACACCAGAAGGCAAAUAAAAGGAACCCCAAAUUUAUUAUUUUAAAGAUCUCAUGAUGUUUAAGACAAUCAUGAUUUUUAGAGCAUAACUCAUCAUUUUUGAAUGCCCAAGUUUGGCAAUAUUAUGAUCAAAUACCCUGAAGCUGUUCUUACGUUAGUGCUGUAUAUUUUUAUGUAAACAAGAUGUCCAUUUCCUUUGGGAAAGUAAAUACUAAUUGUAUUUGUUUCUAUAAUUGAUCAUAAAAUGGCAGAAUUGCAUUUAUUCUGAACCUAAGUGGAAAAGUCACUUCUCUUUAUAAAGUUCGGGACUUUAUUGUACAGUAAAGAACCAUUAAUGUUUUUCAGCUACUAACACAGUUCUUGAUCAUGUGGAUUAAUUAGCAUCACAUCCUGAAAAUCCAAUAACCAUUCUCAGCCUGUUCUUUAUUAUCCUCACUGAGUCAAAAGUGAAUAAGGUUGUAGCAUGGUAGAAAAAGCCAUUCUCAAGUAACGAUUGGGUUUGAUCCAUUCAGUUUACAUCGUUACUGGAUAGAUUACAGCCCUAAUCCUGCUCUUAUAUGUAGCAUCUAUAGGCAAUAGAAUCCAUGGAGUGAGCACAUGAUAUCAGCGUGGUGGCUAGUUAUAAAAGGGAUUUAGUAUAACGAACUGAUUAAUGUGGAUAUUAUGUUUUGUGUGAGGCUUUGUUUGGGUGUUGGAAUUAAAUUCCCUUUUAUUUGUUUAGAUUUAUACAAAGUUAAAUCAUUGAAAGCCUGUUACUGAACUG